UAUGAAUUUUCCGAAGACCUCCGAAGAUAAACGUCAAAAUAACUGUCAUCCAAAGUCAAAACAAGAAAAAAGAAAAUAAACAUGUGAACAUCAUGGCAUUGUCGGCCACUUUCGUUGGGAGAUAAAUACUUAAGUCACAACAUUUUGAAAUCUCCAGUCCUAACCGUGAAUCAUGAUAGUAGCUCUUCAGACUUUGGUUUUUUUCCGUGAAUCGUUGCUGACUGCUUUAGACCGUAUAUUUCGGCCUUAUUAUAAGCACUUUACUUAUGCCUUUACUGGAAGUGGGAAUGGCGAGGAAGAUGAGGAUGGUGAUGACCAGGUGUUUGCGGAGUUCGAUGAGGAGAAGGGAGUUACAUUUUUCCCGCCGAUGUACGCACAGCGGUACGCCGCUGUAAGCGAUUGUCUCAUGGACGAACGGUGGUGUGGACGGCUUGAGAAGGUAGUGGACUUUGGGCACCAUGACAUGAGCUUCAUCAAGUACCUGAAGGAGGUGCCUGGCAUUCGCUGCAUUCUUGGAGUAGAUAUUGAGACCAUUCCCCUUAGAUGCUCCUCCGAUCUGCUCGGAAGUGAUGAGUAUUCUCCAAAGAGGGAAAGUCCAUUACAAGUUACUUUGUUCCAAGGAAACGCAGCUGACCCAGACUACAGGCUCAUCGGCUGUGAUGCAGUGAUUGCCAUCGAGAUGAUAGAACACAUGCUUCCUCAUGACCUCGAUAGACUCGUCCACACUGUAUUUGGCUUCAUAAAACCCUGGAUUGUUGUGUUCACUACACCCAAUGCUGAUUUCAAUGUCCUGUUUAAAGCAUUGGAGAAGAACGGACUAAGACGUUGGGACCAUCUGUUUGAGUGGACUAGGGAACAGUUUCAUGAUUGGUGCAGCAACAUAGUAGUGAGGUAUCCUAACUACACCGUGACAUGUCAGGGUGUGGGUCCCGGCCCACCUGGGACCAAGCACUACGGCUGCUGCAGCCAGCUUUCGCUGUUCAUAUCCAAGAAUUACCUGAAGCAGGCUGAUUUACAUCUUAACAGCUUGGCUUUGGUUACUACUCCUACACCAAGUCCAAACAACUUCAGUGAAGUGUUUGGCAGCUGGGAAAGCUCGGAAUCGACACGACAUGAUGUUGACUGUGGAACGGAUCCAAUGCCACCGAAUGAUUCCAGUGCCCAAUCCCUGACCGAGAUCAUAUACCCUGAAAAGCGAUCCCACUUGACGUUAGUAAUAUCGUCUACUCUAUCCAACUCUAUGCCGUAUUCCGAGCCUACAUACUCUGUGGACUCCUACACUUCCCGUGAUCAGACUCUGCAAUGCAACCUCGAUACAGAGAUGGGGAAGAGUUUCAUGAUGUUCGAUCAUGAAAAUUAUUAUGAUGUGUUGGUGCCAAGAAGACGAGUCUGUCAUAAGGUGUAUGAUAUCGAAGACGUUUGUAGCAGGUUAAACUGCUCAACGAUGCAUAUCAAAAAAUUCUCAAAGACCACACAAAAUUUAAUGGCCAAGAACAGGUUCGACUCUUUGGUCCACACCCGGGAAGUGGUGAAUGAGAUCCGUCACCUCACCAAGGCAUUGAACUUCAGUAAGUUCAGCCAAGCGGAGGAUGGGUCUAAUCUAUGGUGUAACAUUAAUUGGGGAGAUAACGCGCCAUAUUGGAACGAGUAUUACAAGACUGUAAGAGAGUAUAUCUAUCCUUUUGAGACAAAAUCCGAAGAGGUCCGCAUUCUUGACUUGAUAUCGGAGGAGAUCAACCGUAUGAUCGACACGCAGUAUGACGAGGAGUUCUCAGUAGACGUCAACCGGCUUGAGAUACCGAUGUCGCAUCUCAUGAACGUUGUGCAGCACAUCACUGACGAUGUCGAUAAGGUUCGUGACCUCCUCGAGUGGAACGGCUACGAGAUAGUGAAUGACGUGGUGAUACACUCCCGCCUCGUGGUCGACACUACCUCCGUCGUCACACACGACGAGGACUGGCAGGACAACGACACCGCCUUCUCUGAUUGGGAUAACACAGAAGUUCAUUCCACGUCAAUGUCAGAAGGCAGCACAGUCGUACCGGAUAUUCCUGGUCGUUGUCUACGCCGAGCUCUCGACCAAAAAGUUCGUCACUUGCGCACAAUGAUAUCAGGCGAUGAAGACAUUACUACAGAGCUGGACAGAGUUGUGUGCCGGCUCAUGAGAUUGGCCUUACAGUCGAGUAGGGGGCGUCAGUCUGCCCCCCCUACUCGAUGGAUGCAGUGCAAACUGUUAGACUUACUUACCCUUACUGAGAAGGCCAUUGGACGACGGAAGAAGAGUAUUAUUGAGAGCAACCCUGUGAAGGCUAUUAAGUUUGAUAGCAAAUCCCAAAGCAUUCAGCUUGAACAAGACAGUAGAGUAAACGAAAUUGUUGGAAAAUAUCUUCAUCUUAUUCAGCCAAUGGAGAAAACGACGAACACUGAAGAGACUAACGGUCCACUGACAGAUGUGGACAUGGAAGAUGAAUUCUUGAGUACCACCAGUAACGAGUUUUUGAAAGAUUACGAAUUAGUGGAAAGAGUUUCACCGAGUUUAGUAAUUCCCCAACCUGUACUGAGUACAGAGGAUUUCCAAAAUGCAGAACCGCCAGUAGACGAAAACCCAUUGGAAAGAACAAAAGCAUGGCUAAACGAGGAGGUUGAAGAGGUUCCAUACUCCAAACACGAAGUGAAUUACGAGCACAUUAGUUCUGGAGACACGGACCAUAGCGUUGCCAACGCAAGACACAAACACAAGAAAUCUGGCAAGAAACACAAAAAGAACAUAAACAAAGAUAGCAAAGAAUCAGAUAUAUUCAAGAAAACUCUAAGCAAAACUUCGAAUAAGCUUAAAAUUAAAGGUGAUGAUAAAAAGAAGAAAAAUUCUAACACUCGAGUAACGAAAAAACUGCCGAAGAAGAAACCUAGUUUUAACAGUCUGGCUAAAAAUACUGGCAUUAAAUAUUCAUCAGCAGACUGCGAUAACUAUGUUGGUCCGAAAAGGAAUAAGGAGCAAAACUCCUUCAAUGUGACGGCAUCUAAACCGAUUCCCAAAAGUUUAAUAGAACUCUGUCAUCCGGAGUUAAAAGCGGAGAAAUGUAUCGAGCCGUCACAAGUAACUAGUCCUGAGUCAGACAAUGUUAUAGUAUCUACCAUACCUAGUUGCAAUAUAUCCGCGACUGAGGAGAGUUUCCUUGUCGACAUCGUCAUGCAAGACUUUGAGGAAACUAUAGCUCUGCGUAGAACUAUAGGAACCGACGCAGAAGACACCCCAGAAAAUAUCAUAUAUAGUAAACUUGAUACUCUGAGUAACGAACUUGACGUAAACUUAUUUACGAAACAUCAAGUCAGCACGGAAAAUGUGCAGUCGCAAACAAUUUUUCUUAACGAUAUUAAUGAACCCAGUACAUCAAAAGGAAUUCGUCACAACAUGAGCACUGAUGUACAAUGCGGUCCCGAUACUCUUGUUGCUUAUCCAAUGCUGUCUGCCUCUACAUCUUUAGUUAAGAUGCCUCAGGUAUUUUCAACAGGCAUUAAAAUACAUGAUGUGGGCGCUGAAACAAAAGUACAAGGAACAGAUUUUGGCACUUCCACACAAGAUAACAAUAACGUUAUAACUUUAACACCCAGAUUAAGAUCUGUUGGGAUCAAGAUAAAAGAUUCUGACGUCAAUAUUUGCAGUCAAACAGAAUGUUCUACGAUGACUGCUACAGAGCCCGCGCCCCUAGCGUCCCGUACUGCUACCCCAACACCAGAGAAUAGUUGCAGCUCAGCUGUGAACAGUUUUGUGUCAUCUCCUGAAACGAAACUAUUAAAGCCGAUAUCGAGUACUUUGAAAAUGGAAGAUUCUGGGUCAGAAUUGUACAUGCCAAGUCUCGCCAGCUCGUCAAAAACGCUUUCACAUUUCGUGACUACAUCUAAAAACGAUGUUUUAUUGGAAACUUCUACCAGCAAGAAACUCGUGACUGAUAAAAUGAAUACUGCUCCGAGUAAAUCUGCUAAAUGUGUUCGGCCCAAACUGUGCUGCGGAGGCGUUCAUGUUCAUAGUUUUAGAGAUAAACAAGUAUCAGAGGAUAUUGUCUAUCAAGGAGAGUGGCAGCGACAUAGGCCUAAGGCUUUUACACGAAAGAAGAGUUAUAAUUUUGCGUCGGUAAGGAAAGCCAAUGAAGCAGCUAUCAGAAAAGUUAUAGUGAAUUCAAAGGAGAAAAGAGUUUCAUCCAAAGAAAAGAUUUUCAAAAAAAGACAAGAUAAACAAAUUGACUCAGACUCUACAGAAACGCAAACUACUAAGCCUUAUAAAGUAAAAUUAGAGAAAAAUGUGGAGCAAAUGAAGAAACCACAUUCUUAUAAUGCGAUCAACAUUGAAAACAAUGCUAUGCGUAUACCUAGGCCAAUUAAAACAGUCACUAAGGUCUCAUCAAAAAUCGUAAUGAGUUCGAAAAAUGUAAAAUCAACGUAUACGGUAAAAAAACCGGUAAUAAUACCUAAUAUUACAACAAAAAAGGAUCACGAUAAACCUCCUAAAGUAAAGAAAAGUUAUAUACCUCUUUAUUUAAAGAAGAAUUCACAGAUAGAAAAAGACAAACUGAACAAAAGCUUAGAUUCCGCUUCAGAAGCUGUUAAAGCUGGUAUAAAAAAUAUUCCUAGUAAAAUUGCUCCUCUAGUAAGAUCCAAAACAGAAGAGAUUAGAAAGGAUUUACUAAAAUUUAGCGAUGAAGUGCGCGAGAAUAUAAGUUAUGUGGUUUUUCGUAAUGAUUUAGAAAAUAAGAUCGGGACACCUAAUGAAAAUAAAAUUGGAACUCCUAGUGAACAGCCCAGAGAAAACAGAGACCAUACUAAAAGUACAUCUAAGCCGAUAGACAUUCCUAGACGUUCACGUAGUCCUCAGUCUUUAAACAGUUCUACUUGCUCUUCUCCAAACAGUAUUGCUACUGUCAGGGCAGCCUCCACACGAUCUAAAAACCUGUCUAAUAGGAGGCACUCUGCAUCAUCAUCUUUUAAAAGCAAUAUGACUAAUAGUGAGUCAGACAACCCCACACCUACCAAGACUAAGAAAAUUAUCAAAAGAUGUAAAACUGUGAAAAAGUCUGAAAACAAAGAUGUAGACAAUAAAGAAAAUAUUCCAGAGACAACAAAAAACUUUAUUAGUAGAGUUAAAGACAAAUUAUGUAAGUCACCGUUCUUAGGUAGGCACAAAAGUGCCUAUAUAGCAGAAAUUAAAACUGAAUGUUCGUCACCACAAAGCGCUUUCUCCCGAAAGUCACAAGUACCCAACAAAUCUAAUGUCAAGAUUUCUGUCCGGAAAGACGGAGAGGAGAGGCGAAGAACAAGUAGUCCAACAGUCUCGAAGAAGAAGUCGUUGAAAUCUAACACGUCUUUAGCUCAUGAAUAUCUUAACCAAAGCUUAGCACAAUCCUACGAUAGUUUGGAUUCUACUAAUUUGGUUCUAGUACUGGAACCUCAGCAAAAUAGUGAAGAUCUUGUUGGAACACAACACGUCUCUCAAAUAUUAUCCACUGAGUGCACUAUGACAAGCGAUAAAACUGUUAAGGCUGAGCGGGCAAAAAGUUCGAGUUUACACAGUCAUGCUAGCAGUCUUAUUAAUUCCAUGAGGCAGAUACUAGAAGACACGGUAGAUCUCGUUGUCAGUCCGCAUGAAAGUGACACGCGACGUAUAGAUUCCAAAACAGUGAUUUUAAGUAGAAAUGAUAUUCAUAGAGCUCAUCUGGAGCAAAUUGCAAUACUAGAAGGUAAAGCAGCAGGGAAAACUGUCGAAACUUUGAACAGAAGUUUUCUGGAGAACGACAUAGAAAAUGCUUUGAAUCGUACCUUCGAUAAUAUCCUUGGCGACGAGUCCAUGAUCAGUUUAAAAGACACUAGGAGGACAGUUACAGAUUUGGAUUUACUUUCAUUCAAGUCUGUCACAUCCGUGUCAAAGUUUUCUGAAUACUAUUUGGCUGAUAACGAAUUCAAUACCUCUCCAUCAGUAGAGGAAUUGCAACCGCAAAACUCUACUUCAGUACGGGAUAUUUUUGAACGGAAGGAACAGCAUUUGACUCAGACUAUUGCUGGUGCACUUGCUGUACAAGCGUUCAGUGGGUUUUCGCUUGACGUUGAGCCUGUGGCUGGCGAUCAACCAGACCCAGUAGCUCUGAUCGACUCUGAGACCGGUAGUCUUUGUCUGGAUAUAAAUAGACAAGCCACAUCAGAAGAAUUAUUUAUAUCUGGUAGAUCAUCUGACAGUUAUGAGUCCUGUCUCAUAGAUGAUGAUGCCGUUGUACCUAAUUGGUUAUUUCAACUUAUCAGUCAGCAACAGUCGGUGGAGGAAGAUUCGCCGAUCCUUGGGCCUGGAGCCGCGCCGCCCGAUGAACCGAUAUAUGAUGCGAAUGGAAACAUCAUAGAGCCGUCCAUUAUUGGUGUCGGCGCCGGCGCAGGAGACGGCCGGGGCAUACACAGUGACCACUCUCAGGAUAGUUCGGGAAGAGGCACAUCGCUAAGUUCCAGUGACACGUCAUCGGGACCGCAGAGUGAGGUCAGCGCUAUAUUGAUCGACCCUUCGGCGUUCACGGCCCAGUUCGAAUUGCUUGGGGACCCUAUGGCCAGUUCUGCGAUAGUACAAGAUGAAGCUCACCACUCGGCUCACUCGCAUACCCAUUACAGAAUUGAUGAAGACACCGGGACGUUAAUCCCCACACGCGAAGUCCGGACAAGAACAAGGAACGGCGCUAGUGAUGUAGACGCAGAUGUGAGCUCCAUCGAUACGGACGUCCCGGACUCCUCUGAUAACUGAACUCCUUACACUGUAUGACAUCGCUACGUAGAACAACCCUAGUUCAGAUGGUAAGAGAUUAUCUGGAUCGGGUUUUGGGCAAGAUGGUUUGGACUGGGUCAGAGAAAGUUAGCCUUAUUUAUUGGAAGUUCGAAGCCUGUUAGAAAGUCACCUCAACAAAAUUCUCUUUUUUAUUGAAUUUAUUCUAUGACCAUGUUUCGAAUCAUUUUGCACAGUUAGCACGUGCGAAUUCUGGUACAGUGUGUAGGGAAAUGACUUGAAAGUUAGUGGUACUGGUUCAUUUUGAGGCAACGGCCGAAAUUUUACGUCAUCACGGAAAUUAUA